AUGAACCAAGCACCCAACCCGUGGCACGUGUCGUUCUCGAAUGCGAGGGCACUUCAGAACACUUGCCUCAAAACAUGGGGAGGGAGAUCAGAGAACGCGAAGGCAGCUCAAGAUACUCUGCUUGUGAGAGCAAAGGCCAACUCUCUUGCUCAGCUGGGGAAGUACACUGGUGAAGGAGAGUCCGAAGAAUCCAAGGAAGGGAUGUUUGUCAAGGGUUAUGUCUACUAA